UUUGGGGAAUUAUUUACAGCUACAAUGCUGUAUAUCUGAGAUAAUCAUACAUGUCACAAGAGUAGCUCAUCAUUUAACCCUACCUGGACAAGAUAGUGAAUCUACGAAAUUCAUCAAUUCGGUGUGAGGGUAUUCUUUAGUCACUUCUUGUGAACUCAGAUGUGUAGGCAUAGUAAUAGACCCAGUAGUGAGAAACCCACUGCUUGGUUGGAUCCCAGUGGAAAGUUGUCUAUACACUGUACAUCUGGAUGAAUCCAUUAGAAUAGGUAAAGAAUAUGAUAAUCAUUGGUGCCUUUUGACAGUUUGGGCCUAUACACCAGCACUUUAUGGUUCCGAGAGAUUGAAGCAUGAAUAUUAUCUAAAGUCAACUUGCUAGCUGGAAAAAAACAAAGCGUUUACAUGUCACAUGUGUAUGUCUUCGUAGAAUGGAAGCUUGAGGACAUAGAUGUCAACUAGGCGAAGAUCGGUAAAUCUGGUCACAAUCCGGAAGAUAACAAAAGAAUAUGCAACUUCUUGAAUCGAUUGGAAAUUUACGACCUGUUCGACAAGUUAAAUCAGCAACACCAAUAAAAAGUACAUCUCGUCGUCAUUCAAGAGACUGCAGUAUUAAUACUUAUCAGACACUACCGCCACCUUCUGUAAGAUUACGUCUAGACGAAGCUUUUGACAAUGCGAGACGUAACCGUCAAUCCAAUGUAUUUCCUAGUCAAAAUACAACUAUUUCUAACAUACCUUGGAGAAGGCGAAAACAAGGGACAUCUGAGGACAAUGAUUCCGAUGCAUCAGAAUCAUCACAAAUGGCUCAUAUACUUCAUCCUAACUUAAACAAAUCUUAUGUCAAUCAACAACCUAAUAUUGCACUAAGAGGUGAGGAAAGCUUGGAAAAUCGACUGCGUGGGUUGGGCAGUCUCUGUUUAAAAGAAAUUAGCCAAGAGGAAUCAAUUUUAGAGUGUAGGAAAGAUGUACACAUUCGUUGUCCAAGAGGAGAGGCAUUGGAUAUUUUACAAAAAGGCAGAAAAGGUGUUGGUGUUAGUAUUCUGUUCAAUCCAGAAGGAGACCAAACAUCUGUCGAUGAACCACACAAUCCAAUACGUUCUCUCCCAUCGAGUGAAGCCUAUGCAAAUUGGCAACGUGACAGAAUCAAAGAAUCUGGUUGCAUGGAUCAAAUUUUAAAUCAAGGAUGGUCAUGCAAAAGUGGCCUUGCAUAUAAAUCAGAAGAAAUUCAAGCUUCUCAAAAAUACCAACAUCCUUUUGACAACGAUUCUGAUAGAAUCGAUCAUACAGGUUCACAAAUGGCAGAAAUUUUUGGCGUGAAGUCUCAAUCUAAUUCAUCAUGUCAAUCUAGUACUGGUAUAAAAAUUGCUCCACGAAGUAUACCUCCGUCAGCAGCACCAAAUGCUGCACGUGAAGGAGUUGGAAUGGCUGAACGGUUCGGUUUAAUUCAAGUUCAACAAUCAUAUGCUGGAGGUGAUAGUGAAGAGAUCUUCGAUGUAAAGUCUAAAGCUACUGAGUCUUCAGAUAUGCGGCGAUAUGGCACUGGGCCACGUGUUAAAUAUGAGGGUAUUGAACAUGCAAACAGGAAUUGUGGGACAUUAAGCAACAGUAAUUUACAUUCCAUGCUACCUGAGCCUCCACUAAAACAAACUUCACGAGUUCGACCAGAAGCAUUGGAAAUAUGUGAAUCUCAUCGUGGUCAAAUGUGUAAACUAUUACUAACUAAUGAUAAAUUAAAACAAGUAGUAGCACGGAAACCCAAAUUUUAUCCGAACAAUAAUGAUAUAAUCAAACAAUCACGUGGUGGUGCUGCCAGAGACUGUUUAAAUCCAAGUAAAGUAAAGUGGUCGAAGAAUAUUCGAAUGACUAGAACGGCAUUAAUUAGAAGAAGAAGACAAUGAAGACAGUUGUUCUGUUUGCAUGCACCUCAUAUAUUUUGGUUUCAGCGCAUACACUUCAAUAAGUUUCAUUUCUUAAAUACUUUGAACAAUCAUCAGUGUUGUGAAGUUACUUGUAACCUUCUUCCUUAUUCUUCCAUUUGUUCAGCUGUUUAAUGAAAGAGAGAUGAAAACUUUGCACAACUUUGAAAUAUUUUUUUGAUAAUUUACGCCUUUUAUCAGUAAAUACAGGUG